AUGGCGACCCUUGAUGAGAAGCAUGCUUACCCAGAGCAGUAUGCCGCGAGCAGUGAUGAUGAAAGAGCUCUGUCCGCGCAGGCGGACUGGACACCUGAGGAGGAGAGGAAGGCGAAGCGGAAGUUGGACUUGAUCAUUAUGCCGAUCUUGACCCUCGGGUUCUUCUGCCUUCAGCUCGAUCGUGGCAACAUCGCGAACGCCAUAACGGACAACUUCCAGGAAGAUGUCGGUAUCACCCAGAACCAGUUCAACGUUGGACAGCAGAUGCUUUCGCUCGGAAUCGUCCUUACAGAGAUCCCGUCGAACAUGAUCCUUUACCGAGUCGGACCUGGCAAGUGGUUGACACUGCAACUCUUCCUCUUCGGCAUCGUCUCUACCUUUCAAGCCUUCCAGACUGGCUAUGGAUCCUUCAUCGCGACUCGGUUCAUCCUUGGUAUCACGGAAUCUGGUUUCAUCCCUGGUGGUCUUUGGACACUAUCAACCUGGUACACUCGCAAAGAGACAGCCAAGCGCGUCAUGAUCUUCUACUUCGGUAAUCAGCUUGGUCAAGCAUCAGCAAAACUCCUCGCCUAUGGCAUCCUCCACAUGCGUGGUGUUGCAGGUCGUCCAGGAUGGUUCUGGCUCUUCGUCCUGAUGGGCGCCUUCACCAUUGCCUCCGGCUUCGUCUUCGGUUUCUUCUUACCAGACUCCUUCAAGAAUCCACAUUCGGCCUUCCUACCCAAAGUCAAGGUCUUCUCCGACCGCGAGAUCUACAUCCUGAACAACCGUAUUCUCCUCGAUGAUCCUGCCAAGGGCCACAAGAAGAAGCGCAUUGGUCUCACGGCUUUCAAGAAAGCCUUCUCCAACUGGCGCGUUUGGGUCCACUGCCUCAUCACUCUCUCCAACAACGGUCCACAGCGUGGUUUCGACACUUAUGCUCCGUCCCUCGUGAAGGAGAUGGGCUUCGGAUCGCUCACUGCGAACGCAUUGGCAUCCGUCGGUCUCUUUAUCCAAGUUCCGGUGUCUUUCUUCUUCAGCUUCAUAUCUGAUCGCUUCGACAAGCGUGGUGAGACUGUGAUCGUCGGCCUUAGCAUGACGAUUCUGGGUUACAUCUUCAACCGAAGUUUCACGGAAAUCUCAAACCAAGGAGCUCGGUACUUUGGUGUGGUUUGGACGCAGACAUUUGGCACGCUCUCACAUCCUUUGAAUAUCACUUGGUUGUCUUUGACAUGCACGGACUCAGAGGAGAGAGCAUUGGCUAUGGCAAUGGUCAUCAUGGGCGCCAACAUCGCCGGGAUCUAUGGUGCACAACUCUACCGCUCCGACGACAAGCCGCGCUACCGCAGAGCUUUCGUGGUCUGUAUCGCUGUUCUUGUGGUCGGUGCUCUCGCCGCGAUUGUUCGCAAGCUGGACGAGAUCAGACAGAAGAGGAAGGCAGUGCCGACCGACAACAGCAGCGAUAGUGAAGGUUACGAUGCUCUCAAGGCUGUACCACCGAGCGAUGUGCAGCCAGCUCCAGCUAUGCUAGGACCGGGAGGACCUGAGGUGAGCUUGACGACGGGUACUUUGACAGACACGGCUGCGAGGAGGACGAUUGUACACUGGGACACGAUCUUUUGA